UGGGAAUAUAGUGGACACUAAAAAACCAAACGAUGCGUAGAGUAAGAUGCAAGAGCUAUGGUUCUUUUCUCUCGGCGGUGUUCAAUACAGUUUUUCAUCCGGUAAUACAGUCGCUGAAGUUAUGCAGUAGACAUAUUGCAGGUGUACGCGUCCUGUUUAAGAAAUCAGUCGCGUCCACAGUUUUUGUAACGAUAGUGUUAGUUGGUCUUGUCGUUAUCGAGUUAUCGCAUGACGUAUUCAUAAAAACCAUCUUCGAGCGCCACAAACUAAAUACUAGGCAAUUUAUACCUCACGUAAACAGCUCAUCAACAAAUUUAGUACGGCACAUAGAAAAGGUUGACUCUAAACUACUAGUGCCUUACUCUAACUCAACUUCAGACUUUAACAAUAUCUCGCACCUGGCCAAUGACCUUAGAGCCAAGCUCGCGCUGGCCGAUCACGUGACAGACAUUGACAACAUCACCAGCAGAUGUCAGCAGCUGGGGAUUGUCUACCCAGGUGAGUGUAAUGCCACGGUCUCAGGUGAGCGGUGCCUUCACGCCGCCAUACCUGAUGAUGUCGUCACUAGGUUGGAGCACCUGGUCUUGAACAAACGCCUGCAGGUGCCAGAGACCUACCUGCGUGCCAUUCAACAUUUAACGGAUCAGCUGGAUCGGGAUUAUGAAGUGAUUAUCGUGAGCGCUCUGUCGUCAAAUCAUUUUAAUGAAACACAGGCUAUGCUAAGUGAUCUACACGAAUUCGUGUUUCCCAUUCUCAAAGACUUCCGACUGGUUCUGUUCGACAUCGGGUUAAAAGUUGAAGAGAGGGAAGAAAUGGAAAAACAUUGCAGAUGUACGGUAAUAAUCUUUCCAUUUGACCAAUUCCCAAAACACUUUGAAGAAUAUCUGAAGUGUUACAGUUGGAAACCUGUUGUGGUCAAGGCGGUGUAUGCUAGGGCCAAUGUUGUCGUAUGGAUGGACGCGUCAGUUAGAUUCACGAUCCCCAAGGCUUUGCAAGACAUAAUCGCCAGGGUCAAAGUCCAAGGUGUGUUACAGAGACGUCCCGGGUUUAACAUCAGCAACCCUUACUUUACUCUUCCACAGAUGUUUGAGUAUUUCGGGGAUUCCCCGUGCGCCCACCUACCGUUCUAUCAAGUUGAGAGUGGCUUUGGUGUUUAUCACAGGGAGCCGUUGAUCGAACAAGCCCUCAUCAACCCGUGGGUCGCAUGUGCCCUGAAUCCAGAAUGUUCCUGCCCAGUGGAUCCCAGAACUGUGAAGAAAUGCCCUCACGGCUUUAACCCCCGAGAAUUCGGCCACUGCAUGAGAAAUGACCAGUCCUCCUUGACCAUUAUCCUGGGCAAGUUGUUCCGAGAGAAAUAUUUGUACUUCGCCGUGCCGACCGAUGGUACAGUUGAUAUUGAAAGAGGAGAUCGUUUAGAGUAUUUCAAAAUAUUGGAUGGGGAAAACGCAGAAACUAAAAACAGUAGUAUUGUUUAAUUUUUUCGUUUGUGCGUUAGUAAAUCUCUAACUUUUUACCUAAUUUCAGUAGUUUUUGUUUUUUAUUGUUGAUAUUUUUGUUUAGUGUACACAGCUCAAAGUAAAUAACCUACAUGUUAUAUCAAAGCUAAUAUAUACUAUUUUAGCUAGGCAAGCCACUGCCGGGGACUUAAUAGCAUAACGUACUACCUAUUUC